AUAUUCUUUUAGCACGUGUGUUUUAUAGUUUGGAGGAGAUCUAUUUUCUUUUCUUUUCUUUUCUUUCCUUUUUUUUUUUUUUUUUUAACUUUUUGAAAAAUGAUCUGAGAGGCAGGUACCUGUUCCCUGUCUGCUAAGGCAAAACCAGUUUAAUUUGGAUCAGCACCAGAGGGAAAAAAAUCUUCCCUACUUCAGAACAUUGGUUGGCUGGUGAAACAGGCAAAGAGAGUUCAAUAGCUUUAAGAGCUAAAAUGAGUUCAGGCGUGGGACUUCGGGGUGAAUUAGGCUCCUCUAGCAUGUCUUCUGGGUUUGUGACUGUGGAAGACAAGAAAGAAGGAGGUACAGGUACUGUAACCUUUUCUAGGGUGUCCAAAACCUCCAGUGCAGAUGGAUUUGGGCAACCGACAAGAGGUUCGGCGUCUGCAGUUGCGUCUUCUCCUAUUUUAAAGGAGAGGAAGAUUUUGACCACUCAAACCAUAUCCCACCCUGAUGUUUUUGACGGGAGUUCAAGCACAGACUCAUCUCCAGAGUAUUCCAGGAAAGAUUAUGGCUCUUCAAAGGCAACGUCACUUUCCACCACACGAGGGCGAAUUCCGAGUCGAGAGAGUGAGAUCCGAGCCAGGCUUCAGAGCGCUUCUCCCCCAGCAAGUUGGACGGAACUGGGCGAUGUGAAGCGUCUGCUGAGAGGAAGCCAGUCUGAGAGCACCAGCACCAUUCAGUCCCCGCAAAACUCUUUGCCCAUCCCCAAGAAGGCCAGUGUGGAAACUAGAACCAUGUCUGAGAGCACUGACUCCGGCACCAUUCAGUCUCAUAAUAACUCAUUGAUUAUUCCCAAGAAGCCCAGCGUAGACACUCGGAUCAUGUCUGAGAGUACCAGCACUAUUCAGUCGACUAACAACUCGCUGGUUGUCCCCAAUAAGGCCAGUGUAGAAACCAGGAUCGGGACAGAGACAUCAAAAUCAGGUUUGUUCACUGCUCCUGAUCACUAUGGUGGUGUUUGGCCUGGAAAUGUUAGCAGUGUGAACAGCAGCUACAGCUACAGCACAAACCCCAGCAACCUAAGCACCACAUCGACCCUUUACCACUCAGGAGGAGGAGGAGGAGGACUUGGAGGAGGAGGAAGUGGGGGAGGAGGAGGACUUGGAGGAGGGUCCGGAGGAGGAGGACUUGGAGGAGGAUCCGGAGGAGGAGGACUUGGAGGAGGAGGCCUUGGAGGAGGAUCCGGAGGAGGAGGAAUUGGAGGAAGAGGGAUAGGAGGAGGUGUUCAGAACAAUAUGGCCUUCAGCUCUUCCCCUGUGCACAGCGGACUAUCCGUCAGCAGCACCGUGCCAGUGUACGGUGUUCAGAAUAACCUCAUCAGUAACACCAGUCCUGCAGUCCACUCUCCUGCUGCAGCUAAUCCCCAAAUAGUUUAUGGUGUGCAGAAAAAUGUCUCUUCUCCUGGAAUCAGCACAACUACAGCGCGUCCAAGUAGUCCUUCGGCUGAUGAGACUUUGGGCAAAGAUUUUAAAUUCACGAUGAUAGAAAAGGACAAUACACCUGUGAAGAAGGAGUCAGAGCGACUGGUCAUGAGCAAAGAUACGGGCAAACAAUUCAUGUCUACUGCUCCUGCAACUUCUACAAUGUCUUCUGCUGCCUACUCUGACGAUUCACUGACGAGAGAGAAGCAAAAGCUUACUGCGAGCCUCAUGAAUGACGGAAGGGAAGCUAAAGGUCCUGCCCUGAAAUUUGGUUCAAAAAAUAAAGUUGGCUGUGCAGACAUGUGUUAUGAUGGCCCAUGUUUCGGCUUGAGCCGGUGCUGCCGCUGCAGUUGGUGGAAGUGGCUCCUAGGCAUCCUGCUCGGCCUCCUCCUACUUCUUGGUCUCCUCUUCGGACUGAUUGCUUUAAGUGAGGAAGUGAAACGUCUCAGGAAGAGAGUUGAAGCUCUGGAAGCCGUGACCGGCACGUCUUCAGCAAGGACUAGUCGUCUCUCUGGCUCCUCUGGCGUCAAUAUUGUUGAUCCCCUGGAUUCCAAAUUCACUGACAGGAGUUAUUCUGGUUCCACACUGACCCACUCUGAUAAUGGAAUUGGUGUCGGGACUGCAAGAGGGGGUGCAUCCCGCAGCUCUGAAGACUUACAGAGAACUCUCCAACAGCUGGUUAGAGCCGAACUACGCUCUGAUGCGUAUAGAGACUCACUAAAAGGAGCGAAAGGGGACCCUGGCAUAAAAGGUGAUCCAGGUGUUCUUGGGCUUCAAGGUGAUGCUGGAUUUCCUGGCCUACCAGGUCCUCCUGGACGGGUGGGCAACCCAGGAACUGAAGGACCCAGGGGUCCAAAAGGAAGCACAGGUGAUCCAGGCCCUCAUGGAUUACAAGGUCAGAAGGGGAUGGAUGGGCUGAUGGGCCCCCGAGGAGAUCCUGGUCCACCUGGCUAUGGAAUGAAAGGAGAAAUUGGGUAUCCUGGUGAUCCAGGGCGAGCUGGCGCUCCUGGACUUGUGGGGCAGAGAGGUGCUCCUGGUCCGAAGGGUUCCAAGGGUGAUAGUGGAUAUCCAGGACAAAAAGGCAUGCCAGGAGUCAAAGGCGACAUGGGAGAGAGGGGACUGCGUGGCCCAGCAGGUGAACCUGGAAGAGAUGGAGAAAAAGGAUCCAAGGGAAAUGCAGGCGGUGCAGCUUCAGUGGGAACUACUGGUCUGAGAGGUCCACCUGGCCCACCUGGAGUUGAUGGUCGUCCAGGUAUUCAAGGUCCACCAGGUAUUGCUGGAAUUCCAGGACAGCCUGGUGCAAAAGGUGAAAUGGGUCCAGCUGGUCAAGUCAUUGCUCCAGAUGGCUCCAAAACGGUGGCCCUCCCAGGACCACCAGGACCAUCUGGACCUCCAGGUUCACCUGGACUUCCUGGUUUAGAUGGACUACCAGGACAGAAAGGUGAGAGAGGAGAAGCUGGCAUCACCGUCACAAGUUCAGAAACUGUCAGUGCAACGCGAACUGGUAGUCUGUCUUCUGCUAGAUUUACUGGCCCACCUGGACCUCCAGGGCCUCCGGGAGAUCCAGGUCCUCAAGGUCCACCUGGUGAGACAAGACAAGGUCUUCCUGGGCGUAGAGGUCCGCCUGGAGAGCCAGGAAUACCUGGACCCACAGGUCCACAGGGAGAACCUGGCAACUUUGUGCCUUCAUCUGAAACCUUUUUUGCUGGACCACCAGGACCCCCAGGAUCUCCUGGACCCCAGGGCCCGAAGGGUGAUCAAGGACUUCGCGGUUACCAAGGAGAACCAGGUCAGCCAGGUUUGCCAGGAAUUCCAGGAGAACCAGGUGAUUCAGGAUUCUCCGGAGUCUCCCUUGGAGGCACUUCAAGACGAGGACCGCCCGGGCCUCCCGGACCACCUGGUGCACCUGGAAGAGAUUGGAGUGCAUCAGGUUCUAGUAACAUGGGCCAAUACAUUGCGGAUUACAUUCAAAAUGGGAACCUUAAGCAGUACCUCAUAGGACCUCCAGGGCCACCUGGACCUCCAGGUGUCUCAGCGGCCUCAGGUGCCGCAUUGGUGGACGAUGUUGCAAACCGAGUCAUCGCAUAUAUGCAAAGUCAGGGCAGAGGAUUUGGUGGGACUUCUGGAUCUCUUGGCCUGGGUGCUCAAAGUGGCUCCAUUUCUGUCGAUGACCUCAUCGCCCUUUUACAACGAGAUGAUGUGAGAAGAUAUGUUGCUGGUCCUCCUGGUCCACCAGGGCCAGCUGGAGCACCAGGUCAUGGAAGCUUUAGAUUUAGCAUGCAGGAUGUGGCUGAACGUGUCAUCACUCUGAUGAAAGACAGGGGCAUGGUAGGUGUAUCUGGACAAGGAAAUGGGUUGUCAAGUGAGUAUCAUACUGCUGUUGGGCCCCAGGGGCCACCUGGUGUGCCUGGUCCACCUGGACAACCUGGACCACCAGGAAAUGGAAACUACAUGAGCUCAGAUGUCCGGGAAUACUUGCAAAGUAUUGCUGGGAGAGGUCUUCCAGGUCCACCCGGCCCUCCUGGGCCCAUGGGUCCACCUGGUCCUAUCUCUGAAAUUUCCUACAAUGGCGGCACCAACAGUGAAACAAUUGGAUCAGAUAGACGGGAAUAUGUCAGCAGUGACAGGAGAAGAGGAGGUAUGUUUGGCAUUCCUGGACCACCGGGCCCUCCGGGACCCCCAGGACAGAAGGGAGAUUCAGGGGUAUCUGGUGGUAGGAACUGGAACGUGGAUACUGGAGACUACUCAAACAUGGCUGUCAGAGUGACUGAUUAUAUCAAAUCCCAUGGCCUGCUCCGGGAUGCUAUGAGGGAAUCUGGUGGUGCUGUCCAAGGGCCUCCGGGACCUCCUGGUCCUCCAGGAACUCCUGGACAAAGCCAGUGGUUUGGUAAUCAAGAUAAUGUCGUGAAUGUGGUGGAGUACCUUAAAUCCCAAGGUCUGUUGUAUGACUCCGGAAGGGAUCAAUAUGGCCAUACUGGGCAAGGAGUCAGAGGACCACCAGGACCCCCAGGGCCUCCAGGGUCCACCCGUUGGUAUGGUUCUCAGGGAAAUGCAACAGAGCUGGUGGAAUACAUAAGAUCCAAUGGUGUGUUACAAGACAUCAUCAGAGACUACACCAAUCACGUAUUUCAAGGACCACAAGGACCACCUGGUCCUCCUGGCCGAAGUCAAGGAUUUGGCUCAAAUGAUGAUUACACACAUCUUGUGGAAUACCUCCAAUCACGUGGUCUGAUUGGUGACCGAAGAUGGGACAACUACGAUCGCACAGUUCAAGGGCCACCAGGACUACCUGGGCCUCCAGGAGCCCCCGGAUACAGUCGAUUGUUUGGCUCUCAAGAAAAUGUCACCGAUAUAGUGGAAUUCGUCAGAACUCAUGGUGCCAUUGUCGGUGCACCAGGAAGACCAGGACAAAAGGGGGAAAUGGGAUUCCCAGGCCCAAAAGGAGACAGAGGUGACCGUGGUCCUCCAGGGCAACAAGGACCCAAGGGAGAAAUAGGUGACUACUCCACAUUUUCAAGGCGUUCAAAGAGGCGUGUUGGUGUGUGAACCCCGACUGCACAUGUAGAUGAGGGUGCCCCAAUAUUCUGUUGCACAUUGUCUGUUUUGUAUGUACAGUAUUUACAGUAUGUAAUACUUUUUCCCCCCAAUUGUUCGCUUACAUGUCAGGGAUCAUAUUGAAUACGAAUUUCAAACCAAAAUCCCACUGUUACUUUUCAAUUGUAGCUUUACAUUUACGAGAUCUAAUCAAACCAACUGCAAUAAUUCUACUGUUUAUAUUUUGUAUUAUGGGUAAUUGAAUAUAGUUUGAAACUAAUUUACCGUGCCAGCUACAGAGCUGGGGUUAAUUUAUGGGUUUUAAUGCUGUGGGACUGACUUUGCUUUUUGUUUUUUUUUAGCAUGAACUAUUCUGUUCUACUUGUAUUAAUUCUCAAAGAGCAAAUGCAAGCAAUUAAGCACUGCUGUAGUACAGACAAAACUUCAUUUACAGAAAAAAAAAAGAAAAUGUACAUGACACAAGGCCACCUGAAACUAAACUUUUAAAAUGCAUUAUUUUUGUAUGUAUUAUUGAAAUUGACAUUCACAACAUCAUUUUACGUACUUGAGACUUGAUUUUAUAAUUACAGUUCUAAGUUGGUUUAGAAACCUCAGUAACUGCAAAAGAAGCAAACGUGGCAGGUUAUAUUGAACAGAAGAAGAAACUGUUUGUUUUUGUGGCAUACAAUUAAAUACCUUCAGUAACACGUCAGGAAAAGAUACCAAGAAAUGAGUUGAUCGAUCAAGAAAGCCUAAACCAGUAAGGCCAACAUUUUGCAAGACCAUCAGAAAUGAACUCAGAAAUGUUUAGCAAAACACAUACAAACACCCAAAGAGCUCAGCUUUCGCUUCUUUUACUAAAGAAGCAAUUUAGGAUUCGUAAACCAACCAAUAAGCUUCCAACGUUUGAGCAGAUACAUCGUAGCCUGAAUAACCUUUCCAAAGCAUUAAGAUAAUGAGUUGUGUGAAAUGUUUGUGAAAUGCUUCAUGUGGGGGAUCAUUGAGAGAAGACAAAUAACAAAGCUCAUGGUUGAAAACUUUUGUAGUUGUACAUUAACACAUAAUCAUGGUAAUGAUAAAAUCAUGCAUCUUUGUCCCUGAAUAAUGAUAUUUUUUUACCCAUCUCUGAAUAAUGGGAAAAUGCUGACUGCCUUUCUGGUCAAUAAAUGCUGAU